CCUUCUGUUCCCCACUGGCAAAAACGAAAUGCGGCAGCUGGAGUGGAGGAUAUGGUCUUACUUCGACAAUUAAAUGAUGAUGCUAUUGUUGAGAAUUUACGUAAAAGGCUGGCUGCUCGUUUAAUUUUUACAUAUAUUGGACCUGUACUUGUUAGUGUUAAUCCUUUUGCUGAUGUUCAAAAAUUUGGAGAAACGGAAAUGGAACAAUAUCAAGGCGCUGCCCAAUACGAAAAUCCUCCACACAUUUUUUCAUUAGCCGACUCAAUGUUUCGCAACCUCAUGAUUGACCGGGAACGUCAAUGUGUUAUAAUUUCGGGCGAAAGUGGGGCAGGUAAAACUGUUGCUGCCAAACAUAUUAUGUCCUAUUUAGCUCAUUCUUCUGGUGGUGGUCAACGUGUGCAGGGCCUAAAGGAGACUAUAUUAAAGACAAAUCCUUUGUUAGAAGCAUUUGGGAAUGCUGCAACUAUGCGGAAUUGGAAUUCUAGCAGAUUUGGUAAAUAUGUCGAAAUAGUCUUUAGUCUUGGUGGAGAACCUUUGGGUGGACGAAUUUCUUCAUUUUUAUUAGAAAAAUCUCGAGUUGCUCAAACAGCAAGAGGAGAAAGAAAUUUUCAUAUUUUUUACCAAUUAAUUGAGGGAGCCGAUAAAGAAUUGAGUAAAGCAUUUGGAUUGGCUAAAGCAACAAAUUAUAAUUAUUUAAAUUGUUCUGAUUGUUAUGAAGCUGAAAAUACAAAUGAUGGACGUUCUUUUGUUGAAACUAAAGAUGCAAUGACUGCAAUAGGAUUAGACGAAAAUAUUCAACGUCAAUUUUUGCAAUUUCCUGCAUUUCUUUUGGGAAUAACGCCUGAAGCAAUUAAAAAUUUAACUCGCCGUCAACUCCAAUCCAAAUGGGGUAAAAAUAUUGAGCAAGUGGAGGUUAGGCACAACAAAGAACAGGCAGCAUAUACCAGAAAUGCUUGGGCUAAAGCUCUUUACUCAAAACUUUUUGAAUUUUUAGCAUUAAAUGUUGAUGAUAGACGACAUUCUUUAGAUUUGUCAAUUGGUGUCAUUAAUUUUGUGAAUGAAAAACUCCAGCAAAUUUUUAUUGAAUUAACUUUAAAAGCAGAACAAGAAGAAUAUAUGGCUGAAGGUAUUCAAUGGACAACUGUAGAAUUCUUUAAUAACAAAAUUGUUUGUGAUUUAAUUGAAGCAAAAAGGCCACCAGGUAUUAUGCCAAUUCUUGACGAUGUUUGUGCCCAAAUCCACGGCCAGAGUGACGGCGUUGACAUUUUAAUGUUAAACAAAUUAUCAAAACAAUUACUUGGACACGAACAUUUCCGUCCUGGAUCUGAUAACUUUUUAGUUCGUCAUUAUGCCGGUGAAGUACUCUAUCAAGUUGAAGGUUUUUGUGAUAGAAAUCGAGAUAUUUUACAUUCUGAUUUGGUUCAUUUGAUGUUGGGAAUCCAUUUAUGCGUCAAUUAUUUGAGGGAUGUAUUCCAUCAGAUCCAAAUAAAAAGCCAACUAGUGCUUCUUCAAAAAUUCGAUCAAGCCAAUCAUUUAAUGGAAUCUUUAAUGUGUUGUGUGCCUCAUUAUGUGCGUUGUAUUAAACCAAAUGAAAGAAAACGGGCACUUGAUUUUGAUGAAGAAAGAGUUUUGCAUCAAGUCCGCUAUCUUGGUCUUCGAGAAAAUAUUCGCGUUCGUCGGGCUGGUUUUGCUUAUCGUCGACUUUUUGAGCGUUUUAUUUGGAGAUAUUCAAUAAUUUGUAAAGGAAGUGAAAAUAAAUUAAAAAAUAAAGAUCCCCGUCAUGAUUGUGAAAUUAUUUGUGAAACUGCCCAAAUUUCUCCCGAAGAAUUUCGACUCGGGAACACAAAAAUAUUUAUUAGAAGUCCAGAAUCUUUGUUUCUUUUAGAAGAAGCGAGGGAAAGACGUUUUGAUGCUUUUGCUAGAAUUAUUCAAAGAAUAUUUAAAAGAUUUGCUGCAAAAAGGAAUUUAAGGAAACAAAAAGACGAAGCAAGUGAACUUUACAGAGGUUUAAAAGAAAGAAAUCGUCACUCAUUGGAACGUCGCUUUGUUGCUGAUUAUAUCGGUCUAGACCACCAUCCAGGACUUCAAGCAAUUGUUGGGGGAAGACGUGAACGUAUUUUCUUUGCUGCAAGUGUUACUAAAUACGAUAGACGUUUUAAACCAACAAGGACAGACCUUUUAUUGACUACAAAAGCAAUUUUUCUUGUUGGCCGUGAGGCUUUAAAGGAAGGAACAAAUGCUGGGAAAAUGGUAGAAUCACUAAAAAGAAAAAUUCCUUUUGCCUCAUUAAAUGCUGUUUUGGUUAGUUCAUUUCAAGAUGAUUUUUUAUUGUUAGUUGUUACUUCUGAAUAUUCAAGUCUUUUGGAAACACCUUUAAAAACUGAAUUUUUGGCUGCUUUAAAUAAACGUUUAAAAGAAAAUUUCCGUCAAUCUUCUCUUCCAUUACAAAUUACAGAUAAAUUUAUUAUUCAAUUAAAACAAUUACGUCCAGCAAUGUUACCCAAUGCUUUCCCAAAAGCUGCUAUUUCUUUAUUUACUGGAGGAAAUGAAAGAAUUGUUGAAUUUAGAAAAGAAAAGAGACACAACAACAAGGUCGUCGAACUAUUUUGGUUCCAAAUGGAAAAAUACUUAAUAUUUUGGUUAUUGAUGGAUUAUCUCCAAAUAGCACCAUCUAGUAAUUACAAAAUUUCAUCAAACGGUAUUUCUAAUCAAAUAAACAAUUUAAAUAAACAACACAAUUUAAUUUCUAACAAAAAUAAUAUUUCAAAUCAACAAAUAAAACAAAAAGCAGCAGCCCCUCCACCACUUAAACCAAAACCUAUGGUAAAACCAAUAACUUCAAAUCCCGUUCUUCGUGCUAUAUAUCCUUAUGAAGCUCAAGAUAUCGAUGAACUUUCUUUCACAAAAGACCAAUUAAUUGAAUUAAUCGAAAAGGAUGAAUCUGGUUGGUGGACAGGUCGAUUAAUGGUUCAAGGAGGGAAAACUGGUCUUUUACCAGCAAAUUAUGUUGAAGAAGUUAAAUUGUAA